AUGAAGAUAUCCAUCUUCCGCAAAUGUCGUGAUCUUCUCCUAGCUGUCAACAGCAUCAAAACUCCUCUUCUUGAAAUUGAUGAACUCCACAAGAUCGGUAUUCAGGCUAUCAAAACCGAGAUGAACUCGAACGAGCAACUCAACUUUCAACCCUGCUUCUUCCAGCCCCUCGAUAGCUCAGCCCUCUCCAAAUACCCUCUGCUCCCCGGGUGCAGGACAUAUGAUAUCGACGAGGGACUCACUUACGAAUCUUGCCUCGGUGCAGUCCUCGAAGAGAAUCCCAACGAGAAACACCCGGAGGAAAAAGCCCUGAAAGCGCUGGACAAAGCUCAUGAAUCAAUCCGGGAGUGGGGACCCUGGCUUGGUUGCGACCUACGAAGACUAGAUGACCAUAUUACUUCGCACCUGGAAUGCCAUCGGGCUGGUAUUCCCGAGGGCAAGGCCCUCGAGGAUCUUACACCACUAAGACCGAUAGGUACAUACUGUGGCCGUCCUCCCAACGCCUUGUUCUUGUUGGAGAAUGAUGUUCCAGGCAUAAUAAACUGGCAGAUCGUGAGAAAUCUCGCGCAUCGUUCCGCUGAGUUCCCACAUACUAUAGGCUUCUUCUGGAAUGAGAUCGAUGCAAACGACCAAACUCUCACUCUUGGUGAACUGAGGGGCAUUUUGAGAUGGACGGUCAGCAUGUAUUACCGACCUGGAUUUGGGCGUCACCUUUCCUAUCCGCUGUUAUCGAUAUGGUAUAUGGGCCCCAAACAUGGAAGGAUUAUUCAGUCUCACCAUGAUGGACAAAAGAUGAUCCUGCAAUACUCUUCUCUUAUGAGCUUUGAGGAUAUUGAUAAGGCCCCUACGUCACUAUUUGUCCGAUACGGGGCUAGUUCGCCUGUUGGUACUUCUGUAGUACCCACUGUAUGA